AUGGACAAAGUUGAUCAAGUUGUAAAGAGCAUCGAUGAAUUCAUCGCCAAGUAUCCAUCGGUCACCCAAUUUGAACGAUUCAAAGAUCUCGAAGAAAAAACUGGUCACCCCAAGGUAUAUUUCUUUCUUGGCGCUGUCUUCCUCAUCGCUAGCUUCGUCCUUGGGUUUGGUGGAUUGAAGCUGGUCACCGACUUGGUCGGAUUUCUUUAUCCAGCAUACAUGUCUUUCAAAUCGAUGGAAUCCUCACCAAAGGCAGUUCCUGACGAUGCUACUCAAUGGCUGACAUACUGGGUCAUCUUUUCCUCCCUUACUGUGACCGAAGGCCUCUUCACAUUCAUUGUGAAGUUGAUCCCUUUCUAUUAUGGCAUCAAGAUGGGACUAAUCAUUUGGCUUUACCAUCCAAAGACCACUGGGGCCGAAGUUCUUUACAAUCAAGUCGUGCGUCCCAAAAUCCUGCCACAUCUAGAAGCUGCGAAGAAAUCAGAGUAA